AUGAGAGCACUUCUGCUGAAUGCGGAGGACAAAUCAGCCACUGUGCAAGAAACACACCGCCCUACUCCCUGUGACGGGGAGCUGCUCAUUCGUGUGGAAGCUGUCGCGUUGAACCCAGUGGACUCGCUCUACGUCUUGAAUCCUCUCGGCAAGACGGGACGAACUGUAGGCAGCGAUUUUGCGGGUACCGUCAUCGAGUCAAAUUCAACCACGCACCAAGCAGGGCAGCGCGUCGCAGGCUUCCUCCAGGGCGCCUGUAGCAUCAACGAUCGCCCCGGUGCAUUCGCCGACUACCUUGUGUGCCCCGCGGACCUCACAUGGCGGGUCCCUGACUCCAUGAUACUGGAAGAAGCCGCGGCAAUAAGCCUAUGCGCCUUGACUGCCGCCCAGGGCCUCUUCUACCGGCUCGGUAUAAGGCCGCCAUUUAGCUGGACAGACCAAAGCCGCGCUUCGCUUAGCAACAAAUCCCGUGAUGACGGACUUAUAACACCAUUUUCAAUCUUCAUCUACGGUGCAUCCACGUCUGUCGGGAUGUAUGCAGCGCAACUUGUGCGCCGAAGCGCCGAAGCGAGUGGAGUGGCGGUCAAGCUCAUCGGGGCCGUGAGCAAGCCCAGGUUUCCGUUUCUCCAGGCCGAGCCCUACGUCUACGAUGCCCUUGUCGACUAUCGCGAUCCAGAUUGGCCGGCACAAGUACGGACAUUUACUGGGGCGGCAGGUGGUGUCGAUUUCGUAUAUGACUGCAUAUCAGAGGGAGCAACUGUCAGGUUGGCAAGCAGCACGCUCCGCGAGAGUGGGAAGAUGGCCAUCGUCCGCUCGAGGGAGGGCGGGGCGUUUCGUUCCGAUGGCCUAAAGGUCGACCCCAUGUACGGUGCGGUAUGGGAAGCUUUUGGAGUCGAGAUCCAAUAUCAGAACUUGAUUGUGCCAGCAUCACAUGAGGCACGAGAAUUCGCAGGCGCCUUUUAG